AUGCUGUUUUUUCUUAUUUAAUCCCUCUCUUUUUUCUUUUCAGAUUCUCAAGGAUUCACAACUUUUUCUUUCGUUCUCUCUCCCCCUUUCCUGUGGCUUAGAGGGAGCAAUUCACAGGGCGUUGGUUGGCUUCUGCAGUAGGUGCAAUGGCAGUGAGUAUUAAACUGACUUCAACCAUUGUGGUAGCCUUGGGCUUGGUUUCCUUCAUAUUUGGUGUGGUUGCUGAAAACAAGAAGCCUCCUGCUGGAACCCCAGUUCCAGGGAAAGGUGUUGUUAUCUGCCAGUACCCAUCUGCUCCAACUGUAGCCCUGGGUUUUCUGGCUACUGUUUUCACUGUUAUACAGACUGUGGUUGGUUUUCUGUCUCUGUUUUACCCUUACAAGGGUAGGGCUAUUCCAAAGGGGGCCUUCUUGGAGAGCACUAGAUGGGUAAUCUUUGUCAACAUUGCUCUGGCUACAGCAGGACUGGGGUUUGCUUUUCUGCUAUGGCCAACAGUCACAGAACAUUACCACUUGUCUAGGAAUGUCCAUCAUGAUCUAGAAACUCAAUGCCCAACUGCCAAGACCGGUCUGCUUGGUGGUGGGGCGUUUCUUGCUCUGGAUUCCUCCCUCUUCUGGCUGAUCUGUCUCAUGCUGACUGGCAAUGUAAGGGAAGAUUUCUUCGAAGAAGUAGAUCAAGAUUAUAGGGGUGAUGGCCAGGUUAUCCCUUUUGACGAUUAUGCUGGUGCCCCUGGAAAUGUAACUACAGGGGUUAUGGCUUAAAAUGCCACUAUCGUCAUGAUGAAAAUGCCAUCAGCUAUGCCUUUUAUCAAUCUACCUGUGAUCCCUCUGCCUUUUCUUCUCUGUUUCCCUUCCUAAGUUCUGUAUAUAGGACUAUAAUCUCCAUUUUUUAAGUGUAAGUUCUGCUUAAAUGAAGAAGAAAGUUGUGUUUUUCUAUUUAUGA